CCAGCAUCGUCGCAGCCAUGGCCAUCUUCAGCAAUCUCGCCAAAAAGCUCCUCAACAACGAGGACCCCUACUUCACCGCCGUGGUUGUCGCUCUCGCCGGCACCCUUGGCUACUUGGCCUACAAGGAGUACAAGGUCCGCAAGAACAUCAAUGGCGACAUGACCCCGUUCGACGAGGACAUCACCGAGGGUCCCUCCGGCCCGGGCCUCAAGCUGCAGGAGCCCGGUGCCGAUUUCGUCGAUCCCUUCUCGCUCCCGCACGUGCCCAUGAACUUCAAGCGCCUCUCUGAAGCCGAGAUGCUCCAGCGCUCCCGCGAGUUUUACGAGCAUCUGAACAAGCGCCGCACCGUCCGCAUGUUCUCGUCCGACCCCGUUCCCAUCGAGGUCAUUCGCGAGUGUGUCAAGGCUGCUGGCACGGCUCCCUCGGGCGCUCACACUGAGCCCUGGACGUUUGCCAUCGUCUCGGAUCCUGUCGUCAAGCACAAGCUCCGCGAGAUCAUCGAGGCCGAGGAGAAGAUCAACUACGAAAAGCGCAUGUCCAGACAGUGGGUCAGCGACCUUGCUCCCCUGGGCACCGACUGGCACAAGGAAUAUCUCGAUACCGCACCCUACCUGAUCGUUGUUCUCAAGCAGACCUACGGCAUCACUGACAACGGCGAGCGCAAGAACCACUACUACUUUGAACACUCUGUCGCCAUCUCCCAGGGUCUCCUCAUCUCUGCCAUCCACAACGCCGGUCUGGCCACCCUCACCUCCACUCCCAUGAACUGCGGGCCUCAGAUCUGCAAGCUUCUGGGCCGCCCUGCCAACGAAAAGGUCUCAUUGCUGCUUCCUGUGGGCUACCCCGCCAACAACGCCACCAUCCCCAACCUGCACCGCAAGCCCUAUGAGCAGAUUGCGGUCGAGUACUAAUGCCGCCUGUACAGUAUGGUGAAAAUAACAAUGGGGACAUAUUGUCUCAUUCCGACAAGAUGCAC